AGACAGUUUGAACAUUUUAAAAGGGGACAUGAAUCGAUCUCAGUCUGCUGUACACCGCCUCUGCCUGCAGACUAACGCUUGAAUGGAACCUGAUGCUUUGAAGUCGCCAUUGUGAAAGGGCACAGAGAGAGAGACAAAGUCAACACGGCGGGAUGAAUAAGAUACAUAAUGACACAGCCCAAGUUGUUCGAGAGAAUCAUCAUGUGUAAACAGAGCAAGACCUCAGGACAAGACUGAUGAACAGAGUGGUUACAACUUCCUUAGUGAAUGAAACAUUCACUGACACUAACAUUCCACAACGGACUACAGGAGCAGUCAGCGAACCUGUGUUAUCAGAGUAUGGAAUUGUCCUAGAUGCCGGCUCAUCCCACACCUCCAUGUACAUCUACAAAUGGCCGGCUGACAAGCAAAAUGGCACUGGUAUCGUUACCCAGCACAGCGAGUGCGAUGUGAAAGGUGGAGGGAUAUCCAGCUAUGCAGGUGUUCCUGGUGGUGCAGCAAAAAGUCUGGAGGCUUGUCUGGAACAAGCUGUGAAGGAAAUCCCCAAAUUCAGGCAUCACCAAACUCCACUCUAUCUGGGAGCCACUGCAGGAAUGAGGCUCCUGAACAUGGUCAAUGCCACAGAGUCCCAGCGGGUCCUAAAGGAAGUGAAAAAGAAAAUGCAGUCUUAUCCUUUCAAAUUCAAAGAGGCAACCAUCCUGAGUGGACAGGAGGAGGGGGCGUAUGGCUGGGUCACAGUCAACUACUUACUUGAAAACUUUGUCAAGUAUGGUUUUGUCGGGCGCUGGCUGAAACCAGGCAGAGACACAAUUGGAGCUUUGGAUUUAGGCGGAGCUUCCACUCAGAUUACUUUUGAGACCUCUGAAAAGGUGGAGGACAAGGAUAAUGUGAUGGAGCUGAAGCUUUAUGGACAAACCUACAGACUCUACACCCAGAGCUUCCUGUGCUACGGCCAAGACCAGUUCUUGAGAAAGCUGCUGGCUUAUCUUAUCACGGUUCAAGGUGUGAAGACUCAAGUGUUCCAUCCCUGCUAUCCACAAGAUUUCAAUACAUCUAUCAAACUAGGGGAGGAUGUUUUUGACUCUCCAUGCACUAAGCGCCACAGACCAGCCAAAUUUAACUCCCAGAUGUCUGUAUCAGUGGUGGGCACAGGAGAUUACCAUGAGUGCCUGGGCAACGUGACAAAGAUGUUCUCCUUUGACAACUGCAGUUUCUCCAGGUGCUCCUUUGAUGGAGUCUUCCAGCCCAGCGUGAGAGGAAACUUCAUGGCCUUCUCUGCCUUCUUCUUCACUCACAGCUAUCUCAAAGGCCUCACCAACAUCCCCAUCUCUUGCCUCGGUCAACUGGAGGAGGCAAUCCAACUUGUCUGCAACAUGACCAUCUCUGAGAUGACUGAAAAGACAAAGCAGCCAGCGAAAUUCAUGAAGAAUGUCUGCGCUGUCUCCAAUUUUGUCCAAGUCCUGUUAUUGCAGGGCUACAGAUUCGAUGAACACUCCCUUCCCACCAUCACUUUUCAGAAAAAGGCAGGAGGAGCCUCUGUAGGCUGGGCUUUGGGGUGCAUGCUAAGUCUGAGUAGUAUGGUACCAGAAGAAAGACCUGGACUGAUGAAGGCUCUGCCCUCAGGGCCCUGGGCUGGCAUUCUCUUCCUCUUCAUCACCCUCCUCCUCAUUGCACUGGGAUACAUACUGAUGAUCUACAGAAACGCACGCGCUAAAGAAGACAUGGUGUAAGAGCAAGGGUGACACAGCUCUCAGUCCAGUUCAUAGUACUCUUUUUUUUUUUCAAUUACAAUCUCUUUUUUUAAAAAAAGCUAGAACAUUUAGAUUUUUUUUCUAUUGUGUGUGUCCAUGUAAAAGAAUUCAGCAAAGCAGUGAAAUAUGUCAUGCACAACUUUCUUGACAAAAACACAAACUUCCUGUUUGUAUGUGAAGACUCACAUCGAUGUGACAAUUAAACUACUGAAUAAACCAUGUUUUUUGUAAACAUUUCUGAGGGUUGGGGUUGGUCAGAGUAGCCUGUCUGUUGAGGCAUUUUGCUUCAACAGAUGUUUUAGGUAGAGUUGCAAUGAUAAAUACGAUUGUUUUGUUGGUUAAUCAGUUUGUACGAUUUACGUAGAAUAAAAUGUGAAAACAUUGUCUGAUUCCAGCUCCUUGUAUGUGAAUAUAGUCUGGUUCUUUACUCCUCUAUGACAUUAAACUGAUGCGAAUUUGGGCUUUGGACAAAAUAAAGGUUUUUGCUGACAUCAUCCUGGGCUUUAGGAGGCAACAUUUGUCACCAUUUUCUGAUAUAUUUCAAACAAACAAUUUAUCAGGUCAUCGAGAAAAUAAUUAACAGAUUAGUCAAAAUGUAGGAUAAAUGGUUGCAGCCCUUGUUGUACUCACACUUCAUCCAUUUUUAUCGGCUGAAUAAAUCUGUGACAGCUCAGAAUUGUAUGGCUUGAUACGACAAUAUGUUUUACAGAUUUACUGUUUUUUCAGUGGCAAAACUAUUUGGUCAUCAAUAAAAGUCAGAACACUC